GCGCGCUAUGAUGUCAUGUCGCGCUCGGGAGGGGCCGCGUGACGUCACGGGCCUGGCGCUGUCGUUAGGCGAGGCGCUCAUCUUGGAGGCGACGUCGCCCCGAAUGGCGGAGUCUGCGAUGUUGUGAGGUUCUCACCUCGACCAUCGCACCCACCCCGCCGGCGUGGCAAUCGUGGUGAUUCUUUUCCCACGAUAUGAGCCUGUAUCGUCGGCAAAGGAUGGGUUCCGAGCGUGACUCCCAGUCGGCCACGUCCUCAGUUAGCCUACCAUCUAUUGUGAAGCCACGCAAGCAGCGCCGCUUCUCCUUACGUGGCCUCUUCGGCCGCAAGCCAGGCCCCAAGCCACGACCUGCCGACCCGGCACCUGAGGGUGUCAUCGCCAGCAUCGAGAGCAUCCAUUCGGAGAUGGUAUCCGCCGACAAGAUGUCCACCAGCUCCGGUGACGUGUUGUCAGAUGCACCGCUGGCGUCGGGCAGCGGCGCUGGUGCCUUGCGGGUGAGCGGCUCGGAUGCACUGGAGUGCCCACUGUGUCUGGUACGCCGUUCGGCCGAGCACUUUCCAGAGCUGCUCUCCUGCCCUCACCGCUCGUGCCUCGACUGCCUGCGACAGUAUCUGCGCAUCGAGAUCUCCGAGUCGCGCGUCAAUAUCUGCUGCCCAGAAUGUGCCGAGCGCCUAAACCCGCACGACAUUCAGCGCAUCCUAGCAGAUGCCACACUCAUGGGCAAGUACGAGGAGUUCAUGCUGCGGCGAUUCCUCGUUGCUGAUCCGGACUGUCGGUGGUGCCCGGCACCAGACUGUGGGUUUGCGGUGAUUGCUACAGGCUGUGCAAGCUGCCCAAAGCUAACUUGUGAGCGCGAGGGCUGUGGCACCGAGUUCUGCUAUCACUGCAAAGCCAUGUGGCACCCCAACCAGACAUGUGAUGCCGCACGCCAGCAGCGGUCUGCCACACUGCGCUUGCGCUCCAUUCAGUCAGCCAGCGCAAGCUACAGCCAGGACGGCGCUCAUGCGGAUGACAUCAAACCAUGCCCGCGUUGUGCCGCUUACAUCAUGAAGAUGAACGACGGCAGCUGUAACCAUAUGACGUGUGCCGUGUGUGGGUGUGAGUUCUGCUGGCUCUGCAUGAAGGAAAUCUCUGAUCUGCACUACCUCAGCCCCUCGGGCUGCACGUUUUGGGGAAAGAAGCCUUGGAGUCGCAAGAAAAAGAUUCUGUGGCAGCUAGGCACCCUAGUGGGUGCCCCUGUUGGCAUCGCCCUCAUCGCGGGCGUUGCCGUGCCCGCCAUGAUAAUCGGCAUCCCUGUCUACGUUGGGAGGAAGAUUCACCGGCGGCUCGAAGGCAAGAACGUCUCCAGACAUCGUCGAAACCUGGCCAUCACGGGUGGCGUGGCGCUGUCUGUCAUCGUUUCGCCCGUCAUAGCUGCUGUCACAGUUGGCAUCGGGGUUCCCAUCAUGCUGGCGUACGUGUACGGGGUGGUGCCAGUGUCGCUGUGCCGCAGUGGGGGAUGCGGCGUCUCCACCGGCAACGGUAGAGGCGUCCGCAUCGAGUUUGACGAUGACCACGACGUCAACAUGGGGGGCACCAACACAGUAGGAGACACCGCGUCGGUGGCUGAGGCACGGCACAGCGUGACGAACCCCAGCAUCGGAGAGAGCAGUGUGGGUGGCCUGACAGCCAGCCUGAGCGCCAGUGGGAGUCACAUGGAGCGUGCGGGUGUGAUCCGUGACAACGUGAGCGAGACUGCCAGCACCAUGGCCCUGGCAGGGACGUCCAUUACAGGCAGCUGCUAUAGCAGGCUGGAGGUUCAUGCCGACGUAGCCAAGGAGCGCUGCAGCUUGAGCGGCGAGUCGGCCACUGUGAGCCUGGCGGCUGCGAGCGACAACACCAGCACCCAAGCCAAUGCCGGCUCCAUUGUCAGCUCCUACUAUGCUCGAGACAGGGAUGGCACCAACAUUGAGGUGCAGGUUGACAUCGAGACUCGCCCAAGCAAGCCAAGGCACGGCAGUGGAAGCAGUGGCAACACGGAGGAUGUGGGGCUCGCGGGGGCCCCCGCUAGAGGCCCUCCUGACACGAAGUACAAGGGAGGAAAGCGCAUAAAAGAAUGUGGCCUGAGCAAGAAGGGAAAGGCCAGCAGCAAGCGCAAGGCCAGCAUGAAGAUCAAGGAGGUUCGUGAAGAUAUGGAUACGCAGCUGCUGGAACGAGGCAGCGUGCACUCCAGCGAGCUGGACUCCCCGUCCCUCAGUGACUCCAUGCCAUCGGUUGCCGACUCGCACUCCAGCCACUUUUCAGAGUUCUCUGAUCGCGAGAGCACGAAGACUACCGGCAGCAGUCACAUUAACAGCGCUGAGACGCACGCCACGCCACGUUAUAUGGCGCCAGCUCCCACCAAUAGCCAGCCACUUACGCAGGUGGAGAGCGACCGUCUGGAGGGUUGCCCUUCCGUCGGAGCCCAGAUGGGUGCUGUGUAUGGCCAGCCGGGGCCCUCACCCACUGUAAUGGGGCCCUGUGCCACAAGCACGGUGAGUGGGCCGUCCAGCCCCUCUCUCACUCUGGCAACCCCAUCAAUUCCACUGGGGCCACCUAAAGAAUCAGUGGCACAGCUAAACAGCCCUCAUGGCCUCACUGCAGCACCUGUCUGCAGUGACCCGGGGCCAGCAGCCUCCCAAGCCCCAGCCGGGGCCAUCUCGCGUGACCCCCCAGCAGGGCCGAGUCCCCGGCUGGCGGCGGUGACGCACGGAGCGAACGAGACCAAACGCACGGUCAUCCACACUGACAUAUGAAGCGCCCAUGGCCUGGGUCACCCAUUGUCCGGCCUAUUUACAUAAUAGCUUGUUUGCUCGCUGGCUGACCUGACAACCAUUUAAAAUCUGUUAAGAUGGGCCUGAUGCUUUAUUUUGGCUACCAGCAGCACCAGCGUGCUCUUAGUGGCACAAACUGUUGCACUGAUUUGUGCUUUAUGGCAAGUUAUGAUAAAUAAGGAUCUGAAUUAUUAAACAGGUAUAACACGUUUCGGUUUUCUUUCUCAUGUUAUCCCGUACAAGACACAAGUUGCAAAUGAAGACUCGUGAGCAAACAAAAUAAUUUAGCAAAGGCUGGAGUUGAACUGCCCAGAGAAAAUCGUCAAUUCGGAAUGGCAUAGUAAGAGUGCAAGGGUCACGUGAGGCUGGUAAAGAAAUAGCGUGAGGUGGGAAGGACAGUACCUUGUGCGUUUGGACAGUAAAUUUUAGUGGAUAUGGAGGGGAUGUCAGCCAGGGUAAUUGCACUGUUCCUUAUGUCAAUUUUCUUUGCCCUUUAGGAUAUUAUGAAGACAGCCACGUUAGGGUUGCUGAGAAAAAAAGUCACUGCUGCUUAAAAUUUAUUUCAAACUAUUGACAUGGAUGUAGCCACGGUUAGACCAGGGAUACAAGGCAGACAUCAGGCUUGGUGAGGUAGAAACACAACCUUGCAAUCGCUGUUGGCCUUUAGCACCAACGGGAAAGCCUCACUGACAAGAGACUUGCAAAUCUCUAGGCGCCGAAGCUUUUACUCCAUAUGCCAUGCGGCAGCCAGAUAAGUUGCGUGUGUUUGUGCAGAAUUGUAAUAUAUUUAAAGGGAAACUGCAUGUAUGGGCAGGCCUUGUAUUGCGUCUAAUUUCUGAGCCGUGUUGAGGUCAUUGUCCGAGGUAAGGGACCAAGGGGUUCACACUCAAAUGGGGCGGAUGGUCCCAUGGUGCAGGUUACACUUGUACAGUUGCGAACUUGAUGCAUCGGCCAUCUUAGCCUUAACUUUUUGUUUCUCAUGCUACCCUGUCCGCACCGUUUAGUUUCCAUUCCUAAAAUAUGUGCAAUAUUUGAAAUGUUAGUUAACAUGGCGUCGCUUGUUUAUAAACAGUCUUACUUUAGACAACUGAUCUUUUUUUUUUUACAACUGACGGUGUUUGACAGAAACCGUGCUGUUGUAUAUGUGCUGGCGCGCUGGACGCGUGCUAUGUCCAUGUGCGUCCGUCCUCUCACCACCAGUUCCUGUGUGCGACCUCCUCUCCUGCAGUAUCUGGCUCUCACUGUCAGGAAGGACGACUCCCAGAUUGGGUCUUCAGAAAACAGAUUCCAUCCAGAACUGGGAGGGCUCGGGUGCCAGAGUACAUCAUGGCAUGUGUGUAAGUGAUUGGGAGCGGUCCAGAUAGUGCUCUAAAGCAGUUCCCACAUGUGCAGGUCGUAUCUGGUUGGGACCUUUCUCUGGCUCGUUGACUGCUGGUUGUACACUUGGUUUAUUCUGAUUGCUUAAAAACUUUUGUUCAACAGAAGCAUUUAAUAAAUACGAUUUUAAAAAUC